AUGCACUGGAGUAUAAUUUCGAAAGAGCAAAGUGCUUCUUCCAUAUCAUUACCAACUCUGGAUAGUAGUGAACCUUGUCAUAUCGAAGUUAUUCUCAGGACAAUACCUGAAAAGGGAUUGCAGAACAGUGAGUCGACCUUCAAAAUAGAUCCACAUGAAAAUACUGUGUUGUUUCGUACAAGCGAGCCCUCACAUGAAACAACAGGGGACACCUACUCAACGUUUAAAUUUGAUAAGGUAUUUGAUACUAAUGCCACCCAAGAAGAUGUCCAAGAUUUCCUUGUACGUCCAUCAAUAGAUGAUGUUUUGAGCGGUUAUAAUGGUACCAUAAUAACCUAUGGACCAAGUUUCAGUGGAAAGUCCUAUUCGCUUUUGGGAUCGCAAGAGGGCGAAGGAAUUUUACCCAAUAUAUGUAAAGUGUUGUUUGAGACACUGGAAAAAAAUAAAGAAACAAAGGGCAAUAACUUUAGCGUAAGUGUUUUGGCAUUCGAAAUAUUCAUGGAAAAAACGUACGAUCUAUUAGUACCGUUAACGAACAGAAAACCACUAAAGCUCCACCGUUCAUCAAGUAAAAUGGACUUGGAGAUCAAAGAUAUUUGUCCGGCACAUAUCAGGUCGUAUAAAGACUUAAAAAGCUAUAUUCAAUCGGUCCAAAAUACUGACAACAGGAUGGGAUACAGCGGCAACACAGAGAGAUCAAAGUCACACCUGGUUUUUCAACUACAUGUGGAACAGAGAAAUAGAAACGCAGAUAUAUUAAGAAAGAGUUCUUUAUAUUUGAUUGAUUUACACGGUGCAGAAAGGUUCGACAAAAGAACUGAAGUCACUCUAUCACAAGAUGCGCUAAAAAAACUAAAUCAAUCUAUUGAAGCAUUAAAAAACAUUGUACGAUUGUUGUCAGUAAAGGAUCGGGAUUCAGCAUAUAGUGUAAAAGCAUCCCACAGUUCAACAUAUCGCGAAUCGCAAUUAACAGAAGUAUUGAAAGACUCUCUUGGCGGCAAUAGAAAAACAAAAGUGAUACUGACAUGCUUUCUAAGCAAUGUUUCAACCACUCUAUCAACUCUAGAAUUUGGCGAAUGCAUUCGACAGAUAACUAAUAAAGUUAUAGAUAAUACUACAGGCUUAAACUUGAAAAAGAAGAUGGACUUAUUUAUUGAAGACAUGAAAAUUAGGGAUAAUAAUUACGCUUCUCGAAUUAAUAUACUAAAGGCUGAAAUCGACUCUUUGAAAACUCCCAGUGGUGAAUUGGUCUCUCAAGGUGACAUGAAAACAAAGUUUGAAAAUAGCGAAAAAGAAAAUGCCAAACUGAAGCUUCAAUUGGACAGUAUUUCAUUGUUAUUAAGCAGUUCAACCAGUGAGAAUCCUAACCACAGUAUCGACGAAGAAGUUGCCGAAAUAUUAAUGAAAAGAUGCGAACAGGUUGCGCAAUUGGAAUUAUCUUUUGAUCGACAGAUGAAUGUCAACUCUAAGUUGCAGAAAGAGCUGGAAUACAAAAUUUCGAAAGAGAAAGCAUUAGAGUCUAUGAACGUUAGACUACUAGAACAAAUUCAGAUUCAGGAAAAAGAGAUUCAAGAACUACUAACUACUAACGCUAUCUUAAAGGGCGAACUGGAGACCCAUGCCAAACUUACUGAAACUCGCAGUGAGAGAAUAAAAUACUUGGAAAGUUCCAUCAAAGAACUUUCUAUAAAUAAAUCUACAGCUUCAUCACCCAGAAAAGGGUCUGUAAGUUCGUCAUCGGGUAAUACCAUGUCACAUAUCGAAGAAGGUUCUGAGUUAUCUAAUAGUCCUUGGUCGGCUAAUACUUCCUCGAAACCUGCAGGAUGGUCAUUGAGAAAAGUAUCUUCUAGUAGUAUUGCAACUACAGGGUCCCAGGAAUCUUUUGUGUCAAGACCAUUUAAGAAGGGAUUAAAUCUUCACUCUAUCAAGGUCACUCCAAAUGCUCCAAAAAGUCCUGAUUCGGGGAACUGA